AUGGCGUCCACGCCGUGGGACUACAUCGCCAAGCUCGUCUGCAUCGGCGACUCGGGAUGCGGCAAGUCCAGCCUCACCAUCCGCCUCUGCGAGGGCCGCUUCUCCCCGCACCACGACGUCACCAUCGGCGUCGAGUUCGGCUCCCGCAUCGUACCCGUCGGCCCGCCGCACAGCAAGCCCUCCUCGCCCUUCGCCGCGACCACCACCACCGGCGACGGCUCCUCUCCCGCCCCUGACGGCCUGCCCGAGCCGCCCCGCGACACGAGCAAGCACCCGCAGAAGCACAUGAAGCUCAGCCUCUGGGACACGGCCGGCCAGGAGACGUACAAGUCGGUCACGCGCUCCUACUUCCGCGGCGCGAGCGGCGCCCUCCUCGUCUUCGACCUCUCCCGCAAGCAGACCUUCCAGCACGUCACCGACUGGCUCAACGACCUGCGCCAGAUCGCCGAGCCCGACAUCGUCGUCAUCCUCGUCGGCAACAAGGCCGAUCUGACGCAGCAGGAGCGCAACGAGCGCGAGGUCACCCGCGAGGAGGCCGAGGAGUGGGCCCGGAGGAACGGCGUCAUGGAAUACGUCGAGACGAGCGCAAAGAGCGGUGAGAACGUCGAGAAGGCCUUCACCAGGGUCGCCGAGCGGAUAUACCAGAACAUACAGGCCGGCAAGUACGAUUUGAACGACAGGAGAUCCGGCGUCAAGGGGCCCGGCGCCGGCGGCAACCGGCAGGUCAGGCUGGCCGACGCCAAGUCCGGAGGCGGCGGCUGCUGUUGA